AUGAAUAGAACUAUUCAGGAAACUGCACAAUCUAUGAUACAUAAUGCUGGACUGGAUAUGAAAUUUUGGGCUGAAGCAGUAUGCACAGCAGUUAUUGUUAGAAAUCAUUGUCCUACAGUCGCAGUGGACAAUAUUACCCCAUAUGAAUGCUUUAAUGGUAAGAAACCGGUCAUGUCCAAUUUUAAAGUGUUCGGAUGCAAAGCAUACAUGCAUGUUCCUAAAGAAACCAGAAAGAAAUGGGAUUCGAAGACCAAGAAAUGUAUAUUUGUUGGAUAUAGUAUUUCAAGUAAGGGAUACAGACGUUAUGAUCCUAAGACUCGGACAUUACACAUAUCCAGGGAUGUUUUAUUUGAUGAAGAUGAAUUUAUUCAACAGAAGAAAUUUAUGCAAAUUGUAAACUUGAAUGAUUCCCUCCCUGAAGACCAAGAAGAACCACAAGUGAACAAACCAUCUUCAGAGCAUGUUAUUCCAGGAGAUCAAGACACAGUUGAUCAUGAUGAAGGUACUGAAGAACCGAGCAUCAGUAGAGAAACCGAAGUGGAGCAGCAACCACAACAUUCAACACACAAACGAGAACCACCAGAUAGACAUGGUGUUAUAAUUACUGGCAAUUUGUGGCAAAAUAAUGUUGCAUGUAUUAAUAGCGAGUUCAGUCCAAAUUAAAUGAGAGUAUCUACGGCUUGAAGCAGUCAUCAAGGUGUUGGCAGAACGCGAUCGAUCAAUUCUUAAAGAAUUCCGGCUAUGUACAAUCAAGCUUGGAUCCUUAUCUGUACAUUAAGCAAGAGGGAGAUGAUAUCAUGCUCAUAGCCUUGUACAUCGAUGACUUGAUACCAGCUAGUAAUAGUAAGAGAAUGCUUCAUAAAGAGAAAGAAGCAUUGAGAAAGCAUUUCAAAAUGAAAGAUCUCGGUGAAGUUUAUUAUUGCCUUGGUAUUCAAGUAGAAAGAGAUAGAAACAAGAAACGAAUGAGAUUACAUCAAUCACAGUAUCUCAUGAACUUGUUAAAGAAGUUUGGAAUGGAGGAGUGCAAACCAGCUGCAACGUCUGUUGAUCAAGACACUAAAUUACUACCUAGCGGAGGAGUACCAGUUGAGAAAACCAAGUAUCAAGCCUUAAUAGGGGGAUUAACUUAUGCGGUAACUGGUACUAGACCUGACCUCGCUCAAGCGUUAAGAUUGGUUAAUCAAUUUUGUUCAAACCCGGGGGUUGAACACUGGACAGCAGCUAAAUGUACUUUAUGAUACAUCAAAGGAACAAUUGAUUACGGAAUUACAUUUGAUGGAAACAAAGAAACUGAAGUACAGUUGAAUGGUUAGUUGAUGUUGAUUGGGGAAGUAAUCCAAACAGACGGAAAUCGCAAUCAGGAUAUUUGUUUACACUGUGUGGAGGAGUAAUCAGUUGGGCUAGUAAGAAACAAAGUGUUGUCGCACUUUCUUCAACUGAAGCCAAGCAUCUCGCUGCAUUGUUAGCGUGUCAGGAAGCAGUUUGGUUACGUGUGUUACUCGAAGAUAUCAGUUUUGUUCAAAACAAGCCAACGAUGAUCAAAGAGGAUAAUCAAGGUGCAAUAGCUUUGUCAAAGAAUCCUAAGUACCAUCCCAGAACAAAGCAUAUCGAUAUAAGCAUAUCGAUCAUUCAUGACAAAGUUUGCAAAGAAAGAAGUUGUUCUAGACUAUUGUCCUACAGAAGAAAUGUUAGCAGACUUGUUGACUAA